UUUUCUUUUUCAGUCAGCCCGGAAGAAGCAACCAUGGGCAUGGCCUUUUCUCGCGUGUUUGAGCGCCUCUUCGGGAAGAAGGAGAUGCGCAUCCUCAUGGUCGGUCUCGAUGCGGCCGGCAAGACGACGAUCCUCUACAAGCUCAAGCUCGGCGAGGUCGUGACCACGAUCCCGACCAUUGGCUUCAACGUCGAGACGGUCGAGUACAAGAACAUCUCGUUCACGGUGUGGGACGUCGGUGGUCAGGAUAAGAUCCGCCCGCUCUGGCGCCACUACUACCAGAACACACAGGGCCUCAUCUUCGUGGUCGACUCGAACGAUCGCGACCGUGUCGACGCCGCCCGCGACGAGCUCCACCGGAUGCUGAACGAAGACGAGCUCCGCGACUCGAUCUUGCUCGUCUUUGCCAACAAGCAGGAUUUGCCCAACGCCAUGAGCGCCGCCGAAAUGACGGACAAGCUUGGCCUCCACGGCCUCCGCCACCGCCAGUGGUUCAUCCAGGCGUGCUGCGCCACGACGGGUGACGGCUUGUACGAAGGCCUCGACUGGCUCUCGGCCACGCUCCAGAAGAGAAAGUAGACGACUCCGCCACCGCAGGCCCGUAGUUUUGCAUUCGGUUUAUAUUUUAGCUUGCCAACAACUGGGAACGAUUUAUCUAAUACAACGAUUCUACUGUUUGCAAACAAGC